AUGGCUGCAACAUUCAACAUCCAGAAGCCAUAUGUGCUCACCACUCUUCCUCGACCUUUGAACCACCGAGAAGGGGCGAACGCAUACCAAAUUGGCGACGUCUGGGGCCAGCAGCAGGGGUCCAAGAAGAGGAAGCGAUCCGAGCUGGCAGUCGGCAUCGACGGCGAGGCUCUGAACCUCUACGAUAUUCCAUCAUCACGGCUGAUCACUUCCUACCCCGUUCCGCCCCAGUCAGUCUUCACCUGCUCGCCAUGCUCGACGAGGUCGAGGGUUCCAAAGAGCAAGGACGUGACACGAUACACCUAUAUCUCGACCCAAAACCCGAAAUCCGAGAUCACUCUAUUCAAAGAUGUCAUUGGAGCUUCUGGCGAGACGACCUCGACCACAUUGACCGAGAAGGUGGACCACGCCUCAAAGCUCGUCCACCUUAGCACGGCUACCGCAACUAGCCCUGGGAGUGCCGACGGCGCAGACGCGGUAUUCGACCUGGUGGCUGUCGCGGAGGAUGGCACUGUCAUUUGUCUUCAAGGUGACGAUCUGCGGAAACGAUGGCAGACGUCUCCGGAGAUUCUGAAACAGGACUUGCCUGCCGUGCCCAAGGGAGCUCGCCUUCAAGUCGAGCUCGUUCAAGCCACUCUCGCAAGCGAUGUCAUUGGAGGUGUAUUCGGAGGGAAUAAGGACGCAUUUGCUGCUCUACUACAGAAAACACAGGAGGAUACAUCCACUGUGGACAUGUUGGUGAUCAUCACAAAGGUUGCGGGCAAGGAAGCAGAGACUCGCCAUCUCCAUAUCCUUGGCAUAGUCUCCGCCUCCGAGACACAAGCCACUGGACGGCUGGUCCAGAUACACACAUCUCCCAUCCCAUCAUCAUUGUCGGCCGCAAGUGGGCCUGGGAGCCUCCGUCUGGACAUUGGCUCUGGGUCGCUCAUGGAGCUCCAAGAGGACGGCCUUGUCACGUACGAUCUGACCUCCAGCGUUGUCAAAGUCGACAGCAAACUCCAAGUCCCGGACGUGAGAUCAUUUGUGCGGCUAUCGAAGUCUUCGGUCCUUGCAGCCAAGUCUGACUCCUUGGAUGUUUACAACCCUAUUUUCCAGUCAUUACAAGCGUCGUCAGCCAUCGAUUUAGACAACACAAACAAAGGCUCAAGCGCUGUGUCUCUAUCGUUGGUUGCAUAUUUUGCGAGACUAGAGAUUGCAGUGGCGAUCUCUGGCGCAUCCCUUGUGGCCGUACAGCUUGAAGCGCCCAGGACACGAGGCAAAAAGCGAAGAGCAGAGGGGCUUCUGAUAGACUCGAUAGGUCGUGGCAUCGCUCGGCACAGGGACUUCAUGAAGAAGCAAAAGACGGACGCCGAAUCCUCAAGUUUCUCGGAGCACCUGCCAGGCACGAUCACCGGCAACUAUUGGUCUGAAUUCACUGCGGAUGUGGAGAAAGCCGACGCACUCCUCGAAGCCAAUGAUCUGGGAGGAUUCGAGGAAUUGAUGGCUAGCAGAUUUGGAAUCAUGACGAAGCCAGCCGAUGUGGCCAACGGAAAAACGGAUCAAGAUCAGCCUAAGCUGCCAGAAUGGAUUUGGCCCACCACACGUUCAGGAUAUCCAACGGCUGAUCGCCGAUGGGUACUGUAUACGAUCACGAGGCUAUUCGACUGGCAGGACGCACCAGAGUCGGGCGCUGAUCAGACAAGGCUCAUCUGCAAGCUGCCACACAGCAAUGUGCUGAAUUGUCUAGUUGAUGCAGGUCACCUCACCCUCUCCAAUAUCAAAUCAGCCUUCAAGGAUGAGCUCAGGGAUGUUGACGAUGUGGACCUUAUCCUCGGCGAAGAAGUACCUCAAGUAUUGGUACAAGCAGAUCCACCUUUCGAGCUCCUCUUGUCCUACCUCUCCUCAACAAAACUAGGGGCCGCCGAGCUUCUCACGGCUGUUCGUCUAAUUAUGCGAAGUUUAGAACUCGUGCAAGAUCCCACAAAAAUAGCGCCAAAGCUGCUCACUUUCGAAUCGGAGCAGUCAGAUGAUGUCGAUCCGGACGAGAGCGCACUCGACGCAGAUCAGAGCGCAUUUGGCCACGAGCUAGACCGUCUGGAGCAGGAGCUGGAGGUUACAGAGUUCUACCUGGGCGACCAAUCCACUAUCCGGGCAAGAGGUCUCAGCGUUGCCUUCGGCAAGCUGGGGAGCUGUCCUCGCGAUUCCACUAUCCGCACCCUGCGGCGAAGCUACAAGCCUGAGGAGAUUCUAUCGCUUAUCUACGUGCUACGCAUGGAACUCGUCAAGGACGGCUGGACGACACGAUACUUGGACACUACACGCCUCGAUGAAGAUGACGAACUCGAGGCGCCACCCGACGGGAGCAUCAGCCUCCUCGCAGACCUGCUCUGCAGGUGCAUCGACGCGGUGGGGCCGGGCGGCUGGCUUAUCAACGACGCGAUCGUGGCGGCGGGGGCGGGAGACCACAUGGACUCGGCGGACUUCCUGGCCUCGCUGAAGCUGGAGGUCAGCGCAGCCUUGGAAGGCGUGCAGGAAGCCGUGUACCUGCGGGGCCUCCUCUCCGAGGCGGUCAGGUACGGGGCCCAGGUGCAGAAGAUCGAGGCUGAAGUUGGCCAGAAGCACAAGCGUGUUGAUGGCAAGGCGGUGGUGCUACAAAGCCACGGGAGCAUUAAGGCAUCUGGCAAGGAAAGUGCCAUGUUGCCGCUUGGCAUGAAGGCCAAGGAGAGAAUCUCGGCAGAGAAGGUUAUCUCUGGCGGUGAGGUCGCCAGGAGAAGGAAGAGGGAAAUUGGACAGCUUAUCAGUCAAAAUGUCGGGCAGUACUCGCUGGAGAGGAUCAGCAUAUAA